UCAAAAGCACACGCACUACUUAACUAUCUUAGCUCUUGGCAGACCAUUUGAGCUAGGCAGCCGUGCUUGCUUCUUUUCAACAUGGAGGCGGUGGAGUCGUCGGUGGUGGUGAGCUGCGAGUGCUGCGGGCUGGAGGAGGAGUGCACGGGGGAGUACAUCGGCGGGGUGCGUGCCUACUUCGCCGGCCGCUGGCUCUGCGGGCUCUGCUCCGAGUCCGUCAAGUACGAGGCCGGGCGCAAGAGGGCCGGCGGUUCCGCUAAUUCCACGGAGGACGCCGUGCGCGCGCAUAUGGCCUUCUGCCGCAUGCUCCGGCGCCGGGACCCCGCCGAGCGCGUCGCCGAGGGCAUGUGCCAGCUCCUGCGCACCGCCUCCGGGAAGAAGAACAACAACCGGGCCGGCGGGGCCUCCUCCUCGUCCUCCAUGCCGCGGCCGGCGCCGCCGGCGGCAGUGGCUGCCGGCUGCGGACGCGGGGCUCCCCCGCUGGCGCCGCGCGUCGGCGGCGCCGCUGUCGACCGGGCUCUGAUUUGAGAUCGAUGUAUCAGCCUGUGUUCGGUCUUAUAUCGAUUAAUCGAUCGAUCGAGGUGCAUGCGUCGUACUUACGUCUUCAAUUCAAGAGCACACAUGCACUGGCCAGUAGUAGUUCAUUUGUUCAAGCGGAAACCACGUAUAUACGACGUUUAUAUGUAUGGAAUCGGAGUGUAAUUUCGGGAGACAUGAUGUGGUUUUGAUCAACAAACAAACCCUGUAUGUAUAGGCUCGGGUCGAUCUAUAUAUACUCAUGUGCUGUUCUUGGUGUCGAUCCUUUUGAUGAUCAUCGAGCAAUAAUACUGCAUAUAUAUGUUUGCUGCGUUGA